UGUCGGCCCUUGUUUACAGGUCUAAAAGUAAAACUAAAAGUAAAAGUUGAGUGUAAACAUCACCACAGAGGUGUCUGCUUGUGUCCGAUCUGUUGUUGAAAUACUUACACUUACAAAUAAAAUAAUUGUGUAUGUGAACUUAUUUUUGUAGAAGUUGUGGGUUUCAGAUGACUUGAUAAUGCUCACUGAUGGUUACACGAGUAAUUUCGAGAUUCCAGCAGGCAACACAAUGUUCUUACUUCCUGCCCAGUAGCAGAACUUUACACAACAUGCCUAAACCCAAAAAGCAAAAUGCUUCUGAAAAGAAAAUCGUCCACAGCAGAUGAUUCCUCCAAGGCUGCUGUGUUUUCGGAUGCUAAGAAGAAUGUGGUAACCAUUAAGGUGUUGGCCAAACCAGGUUCAAAAUGUAAUGGAAUCACUGAUAUUGGCCCUGAUGGUGUAGGUGUUCAGAUUGCUGCACCACCUGUUGAUGGUGAAGCUAACACAGAACUCAUCAAAUACCUUUCAAAAAUCCUUGGACUGCGCAAAUCAGAUUUGAGCUUGGACAGGGGAUCCAAAUCGAAAAAUAAAACUGUGGUUGUGCAUGCUUCAGUCGCAGUUGAAGAUAUUCUCUCUAAGCUGCAGUCUGAAAUAGACAAUGGUUGACUGGACUAAUACCUGAGGAGAACAUGGACAUGAUGUUAAGCUAGGAUUCCAUGUGUACCACAAACUAAUGCAUUUUGCUGGUUAGGGAAAAUAGAUAAAAUAGAUAUGUAUGAUUUCAUAUCUAUAAAGGGCGGGACAUAGCCCAGUGGUAAAGCACCCACUUGAUACGUGGUCGGUUUGGGAUCGAUCCCCAUUGGUGGGCCCAUUGGACUAUUUUUCGUUCCAACCAGUGCACUACGACUGGUAUAUCAA